GUCGUCACAUGACAUGAUGCGGAAGAAUUACAAUCUCAUGCUACAGUUGCACAUGUGUUUGUGUAUUAGACAUUUAUUGCUAGAAAUGUGUCGUUUUAGGACAUUUAUUGUUGCAUUAAUUUAUAAUUAGGUGAUAUAAGUGAAAUGACAAAUUGCUUAAAGACUACGAUUUCUGCUGUUGGUUGAGCUUGGACAGUCUAUCUACCAUGACUAUGAAGGACGAAGCACCGAGUGUCCCUGAGUGCUACAUCUCAGAACAUGAAGGGUUCUAUGGAACCAUCAAGAACUUCACCAGAGACUUUGUAGUCACAGAGAUAGACAUCCAUGGCCAGAUGGUCACUAAACCCAGUUUAUCUGAUGUUCCUCAAUCAUCCAACAUUACUGAGGCAUGCCCAGGUGCCAAGUCUGAAGGAAAGACAAAUAUUAUUAGCCCAAAACAUCAACACAACCUCAAAGAAGAGAAUUCAGAACCUGGACCCGGUCAGAAUGGUGACAUCACAUCCACCGCCAACCAAGACUGUUUUGACCUGAGCAUAAUACUGGGUCAGACUGUCUGUGAAGAGCUAGAGCAGUUCACUGCUUUAUUGAGAGAGAUGUCAUCAUGUCCAAAUGAUGGCGUUGAGAAGAAGCUGGCCAACCAAGAAUCAUCCAAUGGCAGUGAGAAGAAGAUGGCCAAUCAAGAGUUAUCCCUGGGUUCAUUCCCAGACAAACACCAAAGAGCUAAUGUCCACCGCGCUGUCCGACACAGCUUUCCCUUCCUGUUGACAGUAACCAACCAAUCAGAGAUCAGGGUAAAGGAGGACCCUGACUUUAAGCUCCUAUCAGGUUUGGUCUCCGAGGAGGAGGCCGAAGACUUUAUCAGGUUCAUCGACACCAAGAUGCCUAAUUCUGUGUACACAUUCAGGAGUGAUGACAGUAAGGAGCACAGGACGGCAGUGCACCACUUCCUCAGUAGACGGUUUGGUAAACUGGUGGAGACCAAGAGCUUCAGUGACCAGCAGCAGAAGACUACGGCCAUUACGGUCAGGUUGAGAGAAAAAGGGAAACCCAGGAAGAGGACGGCUGAUGACAGUAAAGAGGAAGAGGUCUAUACAGCGUUCACUCUGAGGAAGGAGAACCUAGAGACGCUGGAGGCUAUCAGCUACAUGGCAGCUGUCCUGGGGGUGCUGCCCUCUGACUUCACCUACGCUGGCAUCAAGGACAAGAGGGCCGUCACCUACCAGUCCAUGGUGGUCAAGAAGAUCUCACCACAACGGCUGAGAGAGAAGGCCAGUGAGUUUGAGAAGAGGGGGGUGGUCCUCUCCUCCGUCCGCUCCGUCUCUGAGCCUCUUCAUCUGGGUAGACUCCAGGGGAACCACUUUGACCUGGUGGUACGGGAUCUGAGGUCACACCAGGGUCAUGGCACACUGAUGGAGCUGGACUCACGGGUGCAGGAGGCUGUGGAGAACGUAAAGGUCAAGGGGUUUGUGAACUACUAUGGACCUCAGAGGUUUGGGACUGGACAGAGUGUUCAGUCUGACCGCAUCGGACUGGCCCUGCUCAAAGAGGAAAUGGUGGCAGCUGUCCGUCUGUUUUUCACACCAGAAGAGGGUGAUGACCCUCAGAGUGUUGCCAAGAGACACUUCCUCCAGACUGAUAAUGCCAAGGAGGCCCUGUUUCUGAUGCCCAUGUCCAAGGCCAGAGAGAGGAUGAUGCUGAGGGCCCUACAUCGCUAUGGGACGGGCCCAGAGGGCUGCACCCGUGCCUGGCUCAGCCUGCCCCAUGGGAUGAGGGUCUUCUACCCCCACGCAUACUGCAGCCGGGUCUGGAACGAGGCGGCUGCACACAGGCUGACCACGCUGGGCCACAGGGCCAGGCAGGGAGAUCUGGUCUGGAAGCAGAGGAGAGAGGAGGGGAUAGAGGCGGGAGAAACCAGCUUACCUCAGAUUCAUGUUGUUACUGCUGCAGAGGAGGAGGAGGAAGUCUACUCACUAGGACAGGUGGUUCUUCCCAUGCUUGGCAACAGUGUGAAGUACCCAGAGAACCCUGUAGGGGGCUGGUACCAGGAGAGACUGGCGAGGGAUGGACUACAGAGCUGUCGUUUCAGAGUCACUCCUCUCAAACUGAACCUCCCUGGCUGCUACCGCCCCUUACUGGCCAUCCCACAUAGCCUGACCUACAGGCUGGAGCAGGGCCAGAGAGCUGGGGAGAGGCAACAGGAGUGGAAUGGAAAGUCACAGGCUAGUGGAGCGGUACCACAGCACCCUGACACAGACACAACUAGACCUGGAGGUCUGGAGAGGCAGAGAGGAGGGGAGAGCGUGCAGGGUAAUGGAGAGGGGGAGUCAACGGUGAAGUACCCUGACACAGACACACCUAGUUUGACGUUGAACUUUGACCUGGACUCUUCCUGCUACGCCACCGUCUGCCUCAGAGAGGUCAUGAAAUGUGACCCUUAAACUGGAGUCUCAGAUGUUGUAUGUACUACUGUGUGUACAGUAUUUUGAUUAAUAUUGUACUUUGUACACAGUAUGGCCUCUUGUGUACAUGUAGGGUACUGCUACAGUAUUGUGUUUUGUACACAGUAUGGCCUCUUGUGUACAUGUAGGGUACUGCUACAGUAUUGUGUUGUGUACACAGUAUGGCCUCUUGUGUACAUGUAGGAUACUGCUACAGUAUUGUGUUUUGUACACAGUAUGGCCUCUUGUGUACAUGUAGGGUACUGCUACAGUAUUGUGUUG